AUGGCAAUCUUAGAACCUACAAAUGAUAUUGUGGAUACAUUGAACAACUACAUUAUGACUUUGAUUCUAGGUCUACCAACACAUGAGUUAAAACUAAAAAUUGGUGUUCCGGUAAUGUUGUUCAGGAAUAUUGAUCAACAAACAAGUUUAUGUAACGAUACUCGACUUAUAAUUACACAUAUGGGUACUUAUGUACUAGAGGCGAAAGUCAUAUCACAGAGUAGUAUUGCACAAAAGGUUUAUAUCCCGAGAUUGUCUUUGACUCCAUCUGACCCAAGAAUUCCCUUCAAUUUUCAACGUAAACAGUUUCCUAUUGUUGUCUCAUUUGCAGUGACUAUCAAUAUAAGUGAAGGUCAAUCUCUUCAAAAUGUUGGUAUAUAUCUUCCAAAACCUGUAUUUUCACAUGGCCAAUUAUAUGUUGCUGUUUCACGUGCUGGGUUAAAGUUGCUUAUAUGUGAUGAUGACGAUCAUGUCUCCAACAAGACUUACAACGUCAUUUACAAAGAAAUUUUCCAAAAUUUGAGAUAG